CUCUGUCCCCCCAGGCGCAGCGGUACCCCACCUCUCACCUCACCCCACGGCCCCGGCAGCGGAGGGCCUCAGGACAGCCAAGCUGUGCGGGACAGGGCUCGCUCAGCCUGAACUGCCCCUGCAAGACAGGGGACUGGAGGCACAGCGCGAUCUCCUUCUGCCCUCCCUCCGGCUUCACAGCUCUCCAUCCUCUCCCUUUUUGGGAGAAGGGCUGCCCAGAGGCUGGUGUGUUGGGUGGGCACGUGCAGGUGCACACAUAUAGGUAGGUCCUCAGGGCAGGGGAGGACAGCGACAUCCUCGGGACAGCAGAUCCCCAUCGAGCCAGGACCACCAAGCGCCUGCUAAGAAGCAUAAGGAGGAGAGCAUGUCAAGCAGUGCUCGCUGGAAUAACACCACCUCCUCCUUCACCAGUCCAAGCCCCACCAGACUCCUGGCUGGCACGGAGGCUUCGGUGCGGCUGUGCCCAGACAAGGGGAGGACAGACGCCACGCUUGCUGAACCACCUCGGCUCCUCACAGAGGAAAGGCUUCCUGCCAGAAUGCCACCCGCGCUGCCAUCCCGUCCUGCUGACCCAGACUGGGGGUUUCACACCGUGAAUCUGCUGCUGCAACAUUACCGGACAAAAUGCCCGUUCUCCCUGAGCAGAGACAGUCCUGAUUUCCUGUCUUCGUUAUGGGCGAGACAAACGCUGCAGGGACGCCUCCAAUCAAGGGGCUUCGCUGCGUGUCAUACAGCAGGCCGGUCUGCGCUAGCUAGCACCCUGCCCUAGACUCGCAGAGCGGCCGCCGAGGCCCAGCUUUCCCGUCCGAGCCGCCGCACGUCUCCCUGAGCCGAGGCGAAGGGCGAGGCAGCGGGAGAUGGAGCAGAAGCUGUCCGCAGCUCACGGGGGCCAGAGCGGCCAGGAGGACCCCGAGGCAGAGGGCGACGGUCAUACAGACCAGACCCGUGCGUUUCAUCUCGGGUGUCUUCUAAGUCUUGCACAGCUCCAGAGAGGUGCCCGGAUCCAGGGAGAUUUCUGGCAAGGGUGUCCCUUGGCACAGAGCUUGCCAAAGCUUCUCGGAGCACCUGGGACGAGGGCAGCCGGGGGCAAGGGCCCUGGAGGUUUCCAGGGAAGACCUACAGACGUUCCGGAUCUUCUCUGGUACAGACCAACGGAACACGGAUUCUUCAAGCUGUACUUUAAACAAAAUCAACAUAUGGCACUAAACAGAGAGAUGAUAAAGCUAGAUGCUAAUCUUUACAUCAGUUAGGUCACUCUAAGCCUAGAGCUCAUUUGCCUUGCAAAUACUCUAUUGUUACAUGCUGGGUCCCUCCCUACUCACUUAAAUGAUUAACUCCACCCCGAAAGAGAAGAACUUUUGCUGAAACUGCUGGAGGAGAGACAGAUCCUGCCCCUGAAACCAUGGGGCCUGUCAGCUACUCGUCAGAGACCUACGACUUGAGCCAGGUGGAGCUGAGCGGUUACUAUGAAGCUGAGAACACCACUCCUUCUUUGGAGGGCUACUUUUGCUUCAACCCGGCCUCUUCUGUGGUUGGCGACCAGAGAGACCCCUUCAGAAAGGUCUUCAUGCCCCUCAUCUACCUGCUGAUGUUCGUGUUGGGGACUCUGGGCAAUGCCCUGGUCCUGGUCAUUUUAGAGAGGUUCAAGCGGUCUCGCACUACCACGGAAAACUUCCUUUUCCACCUCACCCUGGCCAACCUGGCACUGCUGCUCACCUUCCCUUUCAGCGUGGUGGAGAGCUUGGCUGGGUGGGUAUUCGGGAAGUUCCUCUGCAAGAUCCUGAGCGCUGUCCACAAGAUCAACUUCUACUGCAGUAGCAUGCUGCUGGGGUGCAUCGCGGUGGACCGCUACCUGGCCAUCGUCUACGCAAUCCACACCUACCGCAAACGCAGAGCUCGCUCCAUCCACCUCACCUGCAUGGCCGUCUGGCUCUGCUCGCUGUUUCUGACCUUACCCGACCUCAUCUUCAUGGAAGUCUGGACAGACGACAGCAACCGCAGCAUUUGCUAUUUUCCAGAGGUUGGGAUUGACGGCAACAACGCCUGGCUGGCUACCCGCUUCCUCUACCACACCGUGGGCUUCUUUCUGCCCCUGCUGGUAAUGUGUUACUGCUACGUGGCCAUUGUCCGGGCUCUCUGUCAGUCCCAGCGCCUGCAGAGGCAGAAGGCUGUCCGCGUGGCCAUCCUGGUCACAGGCGUCUUCCUGCUCUGCUGGAGCCCCUACCACAUCGUCAUCUUCCUGAACACACUUACCAAGCUAGAAGCCUUCACCAAGAACUGCCUCCUGGAAGAUCAGCUGGACACAGCCAUCAUGGUGACCGAGGCCAUCGGCUUCACACACUGCUGUCUCAACCCCCUCCUCUAUGCCUUCAUCGGAGUCAAGUUCCGGAACGACUUCUUCCGGAUCCUGCAAGAGCUCGGGUGCAUAAGCCAGGAGACCCUGCAGGAGAUCCUGGAGGUGACGAGGAAGGGCAGCGGGAUCGAGUCUGACAACACCACCUCCAUCUCCACUUUCUAGCCGGGAAGGGCUGCCUGCAGGGCAGAACCGGCCUGAGGCUUGCCUUCCCCGUGGCACACGUGCUGUGGCCUCAGUCCCAAGAUUCACAAGCGUCCCCACCACUUCCUUCACUCCUCGGGGAGCUGAGGUCCGAGAGCCACCAAACACCCAAAUCCCACCAGACACCUUCCCUUAGCUCCUCCUGGUUCUCAUACCUGUAGGAAUCCGUCUGGCAGCUGUUGGUGAACGCUGGCUGUCCGACGGUCACUCUGGUGGGGCCGGACGAACCAGAGUCGGUUGAACCUGACAUUUCCAUCUCUCCCUCGAGAAACUGACCGCAGGUGUCCUGCGCACGGAGCCAGGCACUAGACUGGGGUGCCAGGGGCAACGAAAAAGGGGCGGCCAAGGAAGCGUGGAGUCGCGUCAGCGAGCGAGGACUGAAGACAAAAGCUAAGCGGGUCUCCGUUUCACCGGCUCAGGUUGGUAGAGACAUGCCCAAAGGAAGCAGCAGGACUCACUGGCCACAGCGACUGGAACAAGAGAUGCAGGUAGGACCAGCGAGGGAUGCAGAGAUCGCUCCAGUAGCAUGACACGGUGCUGGAAGGUCUCUGGCUGCGACACUGCUCCUCCUGCUGCGCGACACGCCCCCGGCCAGCCACGGCACGUUGAUCUUCCCAACACGGCUCAUGCCAGGCGGCCCUGCCACGGACUGAAAGAUCUGACUGUCACGGUUUCCUUUCCUGACGCCAGCCUCAUCCCUUCCCGCUCAUUUGAUCCGUUUUACUGCUGUUAAGAGCUCUGGUGGGCGACCGCUGAACUGAACGCCUGACUAUCUCAAAGCUUUCCUUUAAGGAAGAAAGCUGUCUGAAGGGAUGGCUUCUGGCUUGUCACUGGGCACAGGGGAGAUGAACCACGCAGCUUCGCGAGGCUGAAGGUGUAACUUCUUUUUUUUUUUUUUUUUUUUUGCAGCUAGUUGUACGGGAAUUGGUGGGUUCCGAGACCCACUGCCCCAGAGUAAGGAAAAGAGGUAAUCUGCAUCAUUUCUGUUCGUUUUUAGCGGGCUGAGAGGGAACGUAGCGUUUGGCUUUGCACUGCGCUUUCCGGUGCUUUUGCUCCACCCAACCGGGCUUUCAGAGGUUUAGUGCAUCCAGGGUUACACAGAGCCAACCUGGGCGCUGACCUUGCCCUGAACCAUGAGUAUCCAGCAUCUACUCAGAUCGGGGCCGCUCGAUAGAAAUUUGGUCCGGAAGAAGAGCCUCAGCGCUCACCGCCAUUAAUUAUCUCCCCGCAGGCUGGCGUGCAGGGCAGCCCUUGCGGACUUGGGCAGCCUGUUGGCUUCCAAGUAGCUCUCGUCGCAGUACAGUAUCUCAGCACAUACACAGCGUUUGCUCUUUCACAUUUCUCUCGCUAGCUGAGCAGAGCUGCGGUCCGAACCGUACGAAAGCCAUGCGUACCAACUGUCGCACGAGCACGGCCCUAAUCACGGGCACGCUUUAAAAGCUGCCCCACCAGUCACCUCGCUUUUUAAGCCAAGUCAGAACAACGGCUUUUCUCCUGCUGCAGCAGGAAUUUUGUGCUAAACUCACCUCUGUAGUAGUUCAGCCUACUAACAAAGGGCUUGGUCGCAGCUGAACUUCACCGUACCCAAGGGCCCUGCUAAAAAGACCAACCGUUACAGAAGGGGUCACUUUACCUCAGCCCAGCUCAAGCAGCGAUCUCAAUAGCUCGUGCUCAAAUCGUGACUCGAGGAGAAAACUCCCCACGCACGGGGCUUUUACCUAAAGAGCAGUCCACUGUUUCCUCCAGCCCUGCACCUUCAAAGCCGAAACCUGCGGGUAAUGGCGACUGUAGGUGUCCAAGCACACGUGCGCGGCAGAGGAAGGGGAGCUCUCUGGAGCCCGCUCUCACUAUCUCCACGGUCGGAUGGGUGAGCAAACGCAUUGCAAACACAUUGUAAACACCUCCCCAGCUCUGGUUCCGAUGGGAACUGUGCUCCUACACAGAAAUCUUACUGAAGAAAUGACCAGAGUGUAAAAUUCUCACAGCACUCACAAGGUAAAAAGAAAAACUGCACACAAAAUAAAAGCGAACAGAUUCUGCAUCUCUUGUUACUGUGUUUCCUAGCACUGGUAUGUUGGUAAACUUUUAGAAAGUUUCGACGUGAGCUGUAAUAAACAGUUAAAUAAAA